CUAGCAAAAGUCUGCCGGACAGUUGUUGCUAAAUGCUCUAUUUUGCCAUUAAUUAAAUGUGGAUGUGAGUUGUUUUUUGCAAGCAGGCAGAGUCUGCGCGAAUUAUGUAGGCACGUGAUUCUAUUGUCCAAUAGCGUGCGACUCUGAUCACAACUUUUGUUAUGUUGUAUUCGAGCACGAGAGGCGUAGUGGUCCAUCAGACGUUUCAGAACGCUUUGUUAUCUGGCUUUGCAGCCGAUGGAGGACUGAUGUUGCCAGAUACCAUCCCAUCUGUUGACCAUUCGACUCUAGUCUCCUGGAGCUCUCUUUCGUACGUCGAGUUGUGCAAAAGGCUCAUAUCACUGUUUACAACAGUAGACGAGAUACCGAGAGAGACGUUGUACGAAUUUAUUGAUUCGAGUUUUGUCGAGUUUGAUUUGUCAGAAGUGGUUUGUGUUGUCGAUGUGGGAGAGCUGAAAAUUGCCGAGCUGUGGCAUGGACCGACUGGCUCGUUCAAAGACAUCGCAUUGGGGUUGGUAGGAAAACUGCUGAAUUAUUUUCUCGCAAAACGAGGAGAAUGUGCCACAGUCUUGGUGUCCACAGCAGGAAAUACGGGUGGUGCUGUUGCCCAUUGUCUAGCCGGUUCAACUUGUGCAAAUGUUAUCAUGCUGUAUCCAAAAGACAGAGUCGAUCGAGUGCAAGAACUGCAGAUGGGUACCGUUGCUGCAGAGAAUGUAACUGUGUAUGCAACAAGAGAGUCGUCAGUAGAAGACAAUGAUGCUGUAUUGAAACGACUGUUUGACGACCGACAAUUGGUUGAACGCCAUAAUUUAAUGGGCUUGAAUUCGGUCAAUAUCGGCCGCAUCCUCAUGCAGGUCGUUCAUUUUUUCUCCUGUUAUUUCAAAGUUUGUAAAGAGAUUGGAAGCGAAGUCGUGUUUAGUGUUCCAACAGGAGGAUGCGGCAAUCUAGCAGCCGGUGUAAUUGCUCGCCUGAUGGGCAUUCCGAUAAAAUUUAUCGUUGGUGUGAAUCACAACGAUGUCAUUCAUCGAAUGAUCCAAACGGGUACAAUUCAGCAACCACGCGAGAUACUGCCUUCGUUUGCGAGUGCUAUUGAAACUGGAUCACCGAGCAACAUGGAACGAAUACUCGCAUUACUGACAAACAGUGCAGAGUUAAUAGCCGAGCAGAUGUCAGAUUGGAAAUCGAAGUCAAAGAUGGAGUUGACGUCGUUUCAGUUGGCUGCUCUUCAAAAAAUUAUGUGGAGCUCGUCAGUGUCUGAACGAGAGAUACUCUGUGUAAUUAACAAAGUUAAGACACGAUAUGAUUAUGAUGUUUGCCCUCAGACUGCUGUGGCUAUCUCUGCAGCUCGGAAAUUCACCGAUGAGAGACGAAAAGGAGUACUCGACUUUGUAACACAAGCUCCUAUUGUCUGCUUGUCUACGGCUACUCUUGGUAAGUAUACUGCAGUAGCAGCGAAAGCUGGAGUUGUUGCUCCGUGUUUUUUGGCUGUCGCUGCACUGCAGGAUCAUCCAAUGAAAUCGAUUUUGCUUCAAGAAGGUGAAGACUGGGAAGCAGUAAUUCGAUGUCAAAUUGCUCGUUUGAGAAAGUGUUGAAUAUUACACACAUGUCAAGAUUUUUUGUAUAAUAAUUAGUGUAUGUUAUUAAUUUAUUUAUUCAGCGUAAUUUUGUUGCCUCCAGGACUUCUCUGUUUUUGUUUUUAUCUGACCAGUGCGCACGUGACUAGACUAUCGGUCACGUGUCUAGUCCUGCAACAUUUUUUAUUGGUUUUUCUUUUCUUCAGGUAGUUACUAAAAUAUUGUACAUUGAUAGCGGG